AUGGUCCAGGCCCUAAAGGAGGAUGUAGUGCCCCCUCUCUGGGAGAGCGUGGAACUGGCCCCGACGGGUGAGCGCCAGUCGCCCAUCUACAUCCGGUGGAGGGACAGCACCUACGAUCCUGGCUUGAAACCGCUCACCAUCUCUUAUGACCCCACCACCUGCCUCCAUGUCUGGAAUAACGGAUACUUAUUCCUUGUGGAAUUUGAGGAUUCUGCAGAUAAAUCAGGGCAGCUCUCAAUACAGCAACUGCUUCUCAAAAUGGAGGUGUAUAGCCAGAGAAAUAGUGAGAAUGAGCCAGGCUGGGAGAGCCUGAGAGAACUGACAGUGGUGGUGACUGAAGAAGUGCUUGAGCAAUUUUGGACCUUGCUUUUCACUUCUGAGGGGAGGAAAAAGAAAAGGAUGGUGGACAACUUCCAUCCCCUUCAGCCCCUCAUGAAUCGCACUGUCUGCUCAUCUUUCCAUCACGAUUAUGUACUGAAUAUACAAGCAAAACCCAAGCCAUCAACAAGCCAGGUGAUCCCCAAGUGGCAUUUUGCUUUAAUACAUGCAAACUUUUUAAAAGUUAUUAACUGGACUAUCCCAAACACGUGCAUUUAA